AUGAUUCAACCUCAGACCCUUUUGAAUGUAGCAGACAACAGCGGGGCUCGAGAAUUGAUGUGUAUUCGAAUCAUAGGAGCUAGCAAUCGUCGAUAUGCUCGUAUUGGUGACGUUAUUGUUGCUGUGAUCAAAGAAGCAAUACCUAAUACGCCCUUAGAAAGAUCCGAAGUGAUCAGAGCUGUAAUUGUACGUACCUGUAAAGAACUCAAACGCGACAACGGCAUGAUAAUACGAUAUGAUGACAAUGCCGCAGUUAUUAUUGAUCAAGAAGGAAAUCCAAAGGGAACUCGAAUUUUUGGUGCGAUUGCCCGGGAAUUGAGACAAAAAUUUACUAAAAUAGUUUCAUUAGCUCCUGAGGUAUUAUAAAAUGAUAAUCUAAGGCAUUUGAAUGAAUUUCAAUCAUAGUAGAUUGUGUAUCACGUAUAUACCUUUCAUUUUAAAUUUUUUCAUUUUUUAAUUAAAAAGAAACUAAUAACAUGUUGAUUAUAUCAAAUUUUUGGGACACCACCGAUUUUAGUUCAUUAUGGGUAGGGACACUAUUGCUGAUAUAAUAACUUCUAUACGAAAUGCUGACAUGAAUAGAAAAGGAACGGUUCGAAUAGUAUCUACUAACAUCACCGAAAACAUUGUUAAAAUACUUUUACGAGAAGGUUUCAUUGAAAAUGCGAGAAAACAUCAAGA